AUGCAUCUCCCCUCCCCGCGCCAAAAGCCCUCGAGACCACUCCCAUCCUCCGCUACUCCAGAGGACGCCGAGGACGUUGCAGACCCUCCCGUAAUCAUCGAUCUUACCUACCACUCUACUCGAGCGAAUGAAUUCGGCUUAUACCGCAUAUACAAAACCCUUCCAAGCGUAGAUCCCGAUGAUAGCAUCGAUAUAGAAGACCUUGCAGAUGGCCCCCACUUUAUAGACUCCGGCUCACGCCCUCAGCGCACCGCCAAUCUCGUAUUCGGCCAUGAAUACAACACGCCACCUUCUGCUCCGUUCUAUGCGCCGUACAAAAACGUCAAUACGUACCGCCUUGUUCAAUGGGCGCACGAGAACACCCAGGUCACAUUGUCUGGGCUGCAGCGGCUUGUCGACGAUGUUAUCCGCCCCCAGACUCCGGAAGUCUUUCGCCCAGAAGACUUCUUGGGCUUCAGCGCCUCAACGGAGUAUAACCGCCUCGACCGAGCCAUCUCGCAGGAUCAUGACGCUGCAAGGGGUGGUCCAUUACCCUGGACUGCCGCGUCAGGCUGGCGGUCGGGAUCCAUACCUAUCCCAGUCCCUUGCCCCGGCGAAAAAUGCGCAGAGGACGCUGCCCCCGUCUACGAAGUGAAGGGCCUACACUACCGUGACAUUCUGGAGGUCAUCAAAGAGGCGUUCCAGGACGAGCAGUCUCGGGAGUAUCAUCUACGCGCUCACAAGGUCUUCUGGGAGCGGACUGCAGACGAGCAUCCCAUGCGCUGCUGGGGAGAGGCUUACACCUCCGACCGCGCGCUCGAGAUGGACGAUGAGCUGCUAAGCCUUGAGGGCGAGCCUGGGUGCGCGCUCGAGCGCAUCGCUGCCUGGCUCAUGUCCUUCAGCGACUCAACACACCUUGCCGACUUCGGCAACGCGUCAAUGUGGCCUAUAUACCUAAUGCUGGGUAAUUUAUCCAAGUACACACGCGGGAAGCCCACUGCGUUUGCACAGCAUCAUCUUGCCUACAUUCCUCCCCUUCCUGACGACUUUGCGGACUGGUACAUUGAGACCUUCGGUGUCAGACCGUCAGACGCGAUCAAGACUUAUAUGAAGCGCGAAAUCGUCCAAGGAGUUUGGAGGAUUCUCUUGACCCCAGAGCUUGUUGACGCGUACACCCGCGGCAUGGUGAUUGGGUGCGCAGAUGGGGUUCUUCGUCGAACCUUUCCACGCUUCUUCGCAUAUUCAAGCGAUUAUCUGGAAAAGUAA